AUACUGUGUUUUGUUGUGUGUUCGUUCAUGGAAGCUAUGAUGUUUGUGUUAGCAAUGGACGAUGACCGAUGAUUGAAAUUAGGAAAUUGGUUUUCUAAAGAAAAUUAUGUUCAUGCUUUUCUUAAUUAUUUUGUGAGAUGAAUGCUGUCGAUUUCGAGUUUGUACCUCCCCCAGAGGCCCCCGUAUUUGAACCUACAGUUGAAGAGUUUAAAGAUCCUCUAGCCUAUAUAGCGAAGAUACGUCCUGUCGCGGAACAAACUGGUAUUUGUAAAAUAAAACCACCUCCUGAAUGGCAACCUCCUUUCGCUGUAGAUGUAGACAAUUUCAGAUUUACACCUCGUAUGCAACGGCUCAAUGAAUUGGAAGCAACCACAAGAGUAAAAUUGAAUUUUCUAGAUCAAAUUGCUAAAUUCUGGGAAUUACAGGGUUCAUCUUUAAAAAUACCUAAUGUUGAACGUAAAGCUUUGGAUUUGUUUACACUGUAUCGGGUUGUGCUAGAAGAAGGAGGAUCUGAAAUUGUGUCUCGUGAACGGAGAUGGUCUCGUAUUGCCACUCGCAUGGGUUACCCUCCUGGAAGGGGAGUUGGAUCCCUUCUCAGGCAACAUUAUGAACGUAUCCUGUACCCUUAUCAUGUCUUUCAAGAGGGAACUAGUAUUGGAGACCUGAAUUUCAAUGAAGAUUCUGAUGAUUCCAGUCAGCAAGACAAGGAUUACAUUCCGCAUGGAAUCCCUUCUCGGCAAGCGAUAAAACCUCCUGUAGAUCGUUAUGCGCGUCGCUCUAAAAGAUGCAAGGAGACUGAGGAAAAUCUUGAUGGUAUUGAUUAUUCUACAAAUAAUGAAUUGAAAAAAUUGCAAUUUUAUGGUGCUGGACCUAAAAUGCCAGGCUACCAUAUUCAAGGGCAUUUUGAAACAGAGGAAGAAUCCAAAGCUUUUUUAAAAGAGAAUCAUGUUGAAUGCUUCAAGGACGUAAAGAUGGGACUUGGUGCUAAAGAUCUGAAAAUGGGUUUUGGCACCAAGCUUACAGGAAGUUUUCUUAAAGAAACCAAGACCAUGGAAGAGGUGGAGGCAGUCAAACUGGGAGUCAUUCUCAAAAGAAAGGAUAAACCUAGGGGCAAAAUGCCUAUUGAUCAAAUUGUAUGUAAUAUUUGUGGAAGGGGUGAUGAAGAGGCAAGUAUGCUCCUUUGUGAUGGAUGUGAUGACAGCUAUCAUACAUUUUGUCUCAUUCCACCGCUCAGUGAAAUUCCAAAGGGAGACUGGAGAUGCCCCUGUUGUGUGGCGAAAGAAGUGAAUAAACCCCAAGAAGCAUUUGGAUUUGAGCAAGCCCAACGAGAGUACACUUUACAAGAAUUUGGACAGAAGGCAGAUGAAUUUAAGACAAAUUAUUUUAAUAUGCCUGUGCACAGAGUGCCUUAUUCUCAUGUUGAGAAGGAAUUCUGGCGCAUUGUAAAUGCUGUUGAUGAAGAUGUGACUGUUGAAUAUGGCGCAGAUCUUCAUACCAUUGAACAUGGAUCAGGGUUCCCCAAUAUGAAGACCAAAGAUCUCAUGCCUGGAGAUGAGGAAUAUGUAACCUCUGGAUGGAAUCUGAAUAAUCUCCCUGUGCUUGAAGGGUCUGUAUUGAAGCAUAUUAAUGCAGACAUUUCUGGAAUGAAGAUACCUUGGACAUAUGUUGGAAUGUGCUUUGCUACAUUUUGCUGGCAUAAUGAAGAUCAUUGGAGUUAUUCCAUUAACUAUCUUCACUGGGGUGAACCCAAAACAUGGUACGGUGUUCCAGGAGGUAAAGCCGAGGCUUUUGAAGAGGCAAUGCGCUCAGUGGCACCAGAGUUAUUUACUGCCCAGCCAGACCUUCUGCAUCAGUUGGUCACCAUCAUGAAUCCAAAUCUACUCAUUUCUCAAGGGGUGCCUAUUUUUAGGACUAAUCAACAAGCAGGGGAAUUUGUAAUUACAUUUCCACGUUCUUAUCAUGCUGGAUUCAAUCAGGGCUAUAAUUUUGCGGAAGCUGUUAAUUUUGCACCAGCUGAUUGGCUUCCUAUUGGGCGUGUUUGUGUGUCACAUUAUGGCAUGUUGCAUCGCUUUUGUGUUUUUUCACAUGAUGAAUUAGUUUGCAAAAUGGCUACUGACCCUGAUCGAUUGGACAUAAGCAUUGCUGCUUCUACUUAUCAGGACAUGUUGCGGAUGGUAGAGACAGAAAAAGCUCUUCGGAAGACUCUGCUGGAGUGGGGUGUCACUUCAGCCAACAGAGAAGUAUUUGAGUUAUUGCCUGAUGAUGAGCGGCAGUGUAGCUAUUGUAAAACAACGUGUUUCCUUUCAGCAGUUACUUGUUCUUGUAAUAACAAUCAACUUGUAUGCAUCCACCACAGAGAUAAACUCUGCUCCUGUCCACCAGAGAAACAUUGUCUGUUGUAUCGAUACACAUUGGAUGAAUUACCAACUAUGUUAUACCGUCUUAAAGUGAGAGCAGAAUCUUUUGAUUGCUGGUCUACAAAAGUUCAAAAUGCUCUAAAUGCUGAAUCCAAAAAUAAGCUUGGCAUCAGUGAAUUGAAGGAAUUGAUGUUAGAGGCUGAAGAAAAAAGGUUUCCAUGCACAGAUCUACUCCAAAAUCUGAAUGCAACCAUAGAUGAAGGAGAGAAAUGUGCUGCACUUGCUCAGCAAUUGCUGAGUCGACGCAUUCGUACCAGGACUCGUCAGUGUGGUGAAGUGAGAAGUUCAUCCCGCUUGACAUUGGAAGAUCUUCACUUGUUUCACCAGCAAUUAUCAACUCUGGCCUGUGAAAUUAAGGAGGCUUUUCAUGUUAAGGAUCUGCUAGAUCGGGCAGUUGCGUUUCAAGUAGAAGCCCAGGAAAUCCUGGCUGAAGAGAGACCAGAUUCCAGACGCCUUGAGAAAUGCAUGGAAGUAGGCAUUAACCUGGACAUUGAAAUUCCUGAAAUCUGCCAGCUAAAACAGAAACUGGAACAAAGCCGCUGGUUAGAGGAAGUGCGUGGAGUGCUUCUCCAUCCUGACCGAGUGACCCUGCAGGUGCUUGGAGGACUUUUGGAGCGAGGUGUAUGCAUCCCUCCUGACCCGACAGUAGAGAAAGUAAUGGCAGAGUUGCAGGAAUUGUUGACAUUUGGGGAGAAAUGGGAGGAAAAGGCACGUAGUUGCCUGCAAGCAAAACCUAAACAUCCUCUGUCUCUGGUGGAAGCUGUUGUAAGGGAUGCAGGAAAUAUUUCUGUACACCUCCCCAAUGUCUUACAGCUCACAGAAGCAGUGCGAAAAGCCAAGGAAUGGCUACACAAAGUGCAGCUCAUACAGAAUGAAGCCCACAAUCCCUAUUUGGAAGUGUUGGAACAACUUGUUUGGAAAGGUCGACCUGUGCCAAUACGGCUAGAACAGUUAUCUCAGAUCGAAACACAAGUGGAGGCAGCUCGAGCUUGGAAAGAAAAAACGGCUCGUACUUUUCUGAAAAAGAACUCCAGCUACUCAUUAUUGGAAGUGUUAUCCCCUCGCAAAGAUAUUGGCAUGUCUCCUAAGAACAAAAAGAAACGUAAGGAACUGGAUGAUUCUGAAGAUAGCAUAGAGGCCAAAAUGGAAGAAAUCAAAGAUCCUGCCACUAUCGUUGCCCAUUUCAGAGAAGCUGAACGGAGAGAGUUGGAAGCAAUGAUACUCCUGAGAGCUAAGAAUGAGCGCAAGCGAAGUGAGGAUCGGCCAGAGUCCCGCUAUUGUAUCUGCCACAAACCUUACUCAAGUGGAAUGGUUCAAUGUGAAUUGUGCAAAGAUUGCUUCCAUGUUCAGUGCAUGCCUCCCAGCAGGACUGUUCCAUCUGGUCGGAAGGGAGGACAAACAGGAGGUCGAUGGCUGUGUGGAUGCUGCCUCCGUUCCAGAAGGCCUCGUUUGGAAACCAUCCUCUCUCUCUUAAUGGCUCUACAGAAGCUGCCUGUACGUUUGGCGGAGGGAGAAGCUUUGCAAUGCCUCACAGAAAGAGGAAUGGCCUGGCAGGAUCGUGCCAAACAGGCUCUGAAAUCUGAAGAAGUUGCAUCAGCUUUUGCUGCCCUCUCUGCCAUGUCUCAACAGAAAACAGAAAUUACCUACUGCGAGAAAUCUGAGCAAAUAGUUCAUACAGAACUUCAAAAAGUGUCCAAUCCAACUGAAAAUAAAUCUGAAGAUUUAUUGCAAAGAUGGCGAAACCUCAUCCCCUCAGAUAAGUGUGAAGGAAAGGAACUCCCUGUUCCAGAAACUCCUCCUAAGAUUGAAACAGUGGAUUUAACGGGAGAAUCGGCACAUACCGACACAGAGCAUGCAUAUUCUUCUGCAUCCAAAACAGCUGCAGCCACCGUUACUCCACGUAAACAUGCUCGUAAAUCACCUUUAGUGGCUCGCCAGAUGGAGAGCCCUGUGCUUCAACUGUCCGAAUCUGUACGACAACAGCUGGAACAGCUCCUCAUGGAAGGCGAUUUGUUGGAAAUGAGUUUAGAUGAGUCGGGUGAUAUUUGGAGGAUACUCCAAGCAACUCGAGCUGACUUCUCCCUAUCUCCCUUCUCAGACAUUGAGGAAAAUGUUCGUAUAGAAAAGAAGAAAACCAAGAAAAUUAAAUUAGAAGAAACCAGAAGUAACAUUCUCAAAUCAAAGGUAACCAAAACAAAGAAGCCAGAAAAGCAGCGCAGGAAAAAGCUACGGCUAGAAGGCGGGGAGAUGAAACGACCCAAACCCCGCAGUGGGGAAUUCCACUUCCAGAAGGAAAUGAAGGAUGGGAGUGUAAAAACUGUCAAAAUGCGGGCGAAACUCUUCGACAGCAAGAAACCUCGUAGGAAAGGAGAGCAACGCAGAGACAAGGAGGGAGAAGACUUCUGCUCAGCUGCGGGCUGCCUUCGGCCUAUAGGUGAGGCUGUAAACUGGGUGCAGUGUGAUGGGGGCUGCGAGCAGUGGUUUCACCUGCUCUGUGUCGGGCUGGACAUGUCCGAAGUGAGCGAGACAGAGGACUACAUCUGCCCGAAUUGCGCCCGCCAAUCCAAGGACGAGCAGGCCUACUCGGAGGAGAGUGAUGCAUCCGAGGUAGCUGCCAGCGUCUUGGCGGGAUUCGCCAAGAACUCUUUUACUGUCAGUGAGGUCGAACAGACUUCUUAGUUUCAUCAUCUCCCCAGCAUCCAUCUCUAUCUCACUGUUGUAUUUAAAUCUUGAGUGUAAAAUAUAUUUUAUUGCAAGGACCGCUAUUUUGUUUUUUCAUUGUAUGGGGACUUGACACAACAUCUAGUGUAAAAUUUUGUAUCUUUCUUAUUAAUAUGAAUUACAUGUGUAGAUAUUCCUGUAUUUAUCAUUAGAUAAUUGUAUCAUGUUUUCCUGCGAGUAAACGAAUUUCUUUCUCUCUUC